AUGUCAGGAUUUAAUGCCGGUCCCGCUGGUGGUCCGAUAGCUCCCGGUCAGCUAAGCAGUGCUAAAAUUCGGGAGCUUAUGGAAAAUGCCCAGCGUACCAUCGCUGAAAGAAAGCAGUCCUUGGGUAUUAAAACUAUUCCAGCUCAGCCUGUAAUCGUUCCUCAGGGAUUGAUUGCGAAUCCGGAAAUUGCAGAAAAAGCACGAAAGGCGGCUGAACUUCAAGCAAGAAUAGCAUCAAGAUUUGAGUCUGUUGUUAACGCUCCUGAGCCUACGCCUCCUGCCGAUGAUCCAAUUAGAAAGGAGCGAGAACAAAUGCGACAUCUAAUUUUUGAUGAACACGGUAAAACCAUUGAUGCAGUUACUGGGGAAGAAAUUCGCAUACCGCAGCGCACACCAACACUUAAGGCGAACGUACGUGCUUUAAAAGCACAAACCGUCAAAGAGGUUGUUGAACAAAAAUCCACCAAACCUGCCACGAAAUCGCCUACUAAAAACCUCUACUUCGAUUCAAGGUUGAAUUUAAAGUCAGCUGCAAGGCCAAAGCGACAACUUUCAUUUUUCGAACCAGGACAGUUUGUCCAACUUGGUCAGCGAUUAAGGACUAAAGCACAACUGGAUAAAUUACAAGAGUCAAUUGCCCAAGCUGCUAAACGUACUGGCAUUGCUAGCGCCGCAAAAUUGGCUACAAUUCAACCUAAAAGAAAAGUUGAUGAAUCUUCUGUUCCUGAUGUUGAAUGGUGGGAUGCCUACAUUUUGAAAGAUGGAAUUACUGAUUACGGUACUUCAGAUGAAUACGAUGAUGUUAUUAAACUUGUUAACGAAUCCUGGAUUACUGAUUUAAUUGAACAUCCAAUCAAAUUGAAAGCACCCACUGCUUUGGAUAAAAUACCGGAAAUUCCACUCUUAUUAACAAAGAAGGAGCGCAAAAAGCUUCGUAGGCAAAAUCGUCAAGAAGCUCAGAAGGAACGCCAAGAACGAGUUCGACUUGGUUUGGAGAAGCCACCUGAACCUAAAGUUAAAGGUUCGGGUGCUGCUUUGAGUCGGCUUAAUCAACAGUGUAGUGGCGAUUCGGGAAAUGAAAUCUCAAAGUCGCUGGGAACUAAAAGCACAACCGAAUCGGGACCUGCAGAACCAAUUCUGAAAAGUUCUAACAACAAUUCGAUAAAGGGUUUCAAGAAACCCACUAUAAACUCACCGAGUCAAAAUACUCUGCCAACAGAGGCUAAUUCAAUUGCUUCAAUCAAGGUUGCUGCUAAACAUUUCAAGAAGCCUGCACUUAGUGUUACUCGUAAGGAAGAUAUAGAAUCACCCCUGCCCAAAUCAACUGGCAAGAAACCAUUACCUAAAAUUAAUCUCAAUAAGCCAUCUUCCAAACACAAUAGUAAAUGCAAUAAUGAUACAAAAGUUCCUGAUUACUUGAGCAACAAAGAAACUUCUAAAAAACCGGAAGUAUCUUUAUUUGAUGAAGUUGUUGAUGGCUUCCUUGAUGAAUACGAAGAUUGGACAACUGAGCGUCUCUAUGAAAAAUUUUCUGCCAGUUUUGAUUAUUCCCUGUAUAUUGAGGACUUCAGCUCUAAAAAGAAAAAGAAAUUGCCAAAGAUUAAUACAGCUGCGAAAAAUGAGAGCCACUAUUCUGGUCAGUCCAGCGAUUCCUUUGAAAUCCCACUAGAGGAUGUCGGUAUUGUUGACAAGGAAGUUGAGAUGAGGAGAAAGUCCAAUGAUAACCAUAAAAGGAGUUUUGCAUCCACUACUACCUCGAAACUAUCUCUAAAUAACUUUGACAAUUCGAUAGAUUCUGUGAUUGAUUCCGUUCUCUCGACUUGUGAUUCUAUGACGAAUGAAGAAAUCGUCACCGUUUUUCGACCUUCGACACCACUAAUCGAGAGCGAAGAUGAGGAGUUCAGUAGCCCCAAAAGUCCUAUCGUGAACUCCGACAUCGAAAACUCUGUUACGGGACUUAUUGAUGAAGUCCUUGAGGAAAUAUCUGAUUUAAAUGCGAAUGAUUUAUAUCAAAAACAUAUUGCCAGUGGUUUGUCAAGUCAGAAUAAUUAUGAGGGAAAGUGCAAAUAUGCCAGAAAGGUUAAGAAGCCACGUCUUGAAAAUGCAUCCGAAGUCUAUUCAAAUGAUGAAACAGUUGACAUACCUAGUUUGGUUGAAUCACCUUCAGGAACGUGGGUUGAAUGUGUCAUGUGCAAGAAAUGGAGAUAUCUUGAGGACUCGGUUGAUCCAAGUGAAUUGCCAGAGGAUUGGUAUUGCGGUUUACAAUCAAAGUAUCUCAGUAACGGCCAUUCAAAUAUACCCGCUUGUGAUGAACCCGAGAUUUUGGACCCUGGAAUGGAUGAAAAGCAGUAUGUAUAUGGUCAAUUUGCAACUGGAUCCAUUGUCUUAGCUAAAAUGCCAGGCUACCCUGAAUGGCCAGCAAUGAUUGAUUGCGAUGGAAGGGGCAAUUUCGCGGAAAUCUGCCAUGAAACUGGCGAUAUUUUGCGUUAUCGGGUCGUUUUCCUUGAUCCAAAUAAUCCAACCAAUCAAGUUCUUCCCGCAUCAGAUAUUCGAAAAUUUUCUGAGGCCGUUAAAAUCAAGUUAACUUCACAAACUAUCCAACAGUCUCACUUUGUUACUUUCUCAGUGGGCUAUCAUGAAGGUGAAGAUUGUGCAUCGCAAAAGCUUUUCAACGCCAAUGUCACCGGUAAAACGACCAUCUGGGACUUAAAACAGGCCAUUAGUCGUCGAAUUGGUAUGGCUCCUGAAGAUCAAGUUCUAACUUUUAAAGGGAUAUUUAUGGAAGAUUCUCAUCCCCUAAGUGAUUAUCGACUUCCUAGACCUGAAAUCGUCCCUAUUGAUCUCUUCCUUCGAUCUAGCUACAAGAAUCUUACUCCUAUUCGCGUUUCGCUUGAUUCUGAUAAUAUUGUUAGCAUUCAUAUCCACUUGGAUGCUCGGGUCAGUGAACUACGUUCUGCUAUUGAACAAAAGUGUGGUAUUUCAGCUAAGCGAUCCGCUGGGAUUCGGCUUAUUUUUGGGCAUUAUAUUUUGAAUGACGAUGAAAAACUGGAUCGUUAUGGAAUAAAAAAGAACUCCUGUAUCCUCGUGGUCAAACGUCUUUCUUCUCCUAAGGAGAACUCUUUUAAUAACGGUCGCGAUCUUGCUCAAAGUGAUGAAACACUCAAUUCCCCAACACUCUCGACUUCACCGAAAGUUUUAGGGAAACCGCCAUCUACUGAAGAUAAAAUUGAAAUAAACGUUAUUAUUCCAAAUGGUUCUGGAUAUAUGCUCUUCUUUGCCAAGAACAUUACUCUUCGAGAAGCAAGUGAACAGAUUGAACAAAAAACGGGAAUACCUGCGGCGGGUCAAAGCUUUAGUCUAAGUAAAGACGUUCCAUCCAUAGCCGAUAUGUCUAAAACUCUGGAAGAAUUAGGUCUUUCUGAUGGCAAUAGCCUCUAUAUGAUGAAUGAAGGACCAUCAGUAAAUCAGGAUCAUGUCGGUGAAAAUGAUUCACCAGUUAUCAUGUCUCCCCCACCUCAAUCUUUUAUCGACAAAAGCAAUACGAUAGUCUUGAUCUUUAGGGACCCUCAACAUGAGUUUACUAUUCCUCUACCCUUUGACGCUACUGUACAGGAGGCAAUGAAUGCGCUCAGAACUGAGAUCAAUGGAAGUCGUGGUCCAUUGUGGUUGAGGAAUGCGGAGAAUGGAAACUACAUGCAGGAUUAUGGAAGCCGUCUAUCGGAGCUUGGUUUGAAGGAUGGGGGUGUGAUUGAAUAUGUCUAUCUCCCUGCAAAAGUGGAAUGGACAGUUAAGUAA